ACCAUUUUGGGAGUCAAAACAGGCAACAAACAGCAGCGCACACCUCCACGCUUCUCCCGUGGCCUUACUAUGGUUCACACCUGUGUGGUGGCCGGCUGUAGGAACAGAAGGACACCGGGCACCACCUUAUCUUUCUACCGCUUCCCCCGGGACCCCGACAGGAAGCAGCGCUGGAUAGCUGCCGUGAACCGAGAGGGCUGGGUGCCCAACGACGGCAGUCGGCUGUGUAGUACUCACUUCAUCUCAGGUAAACAGGUGAAGAAUCCACGUUCGCCAGAUUAUGUUCCUUCUGUCUUCACCUCAGCUCCCUUAUCUCCAGAGAUGAAGGAGCCAGGUGCCUUGGAGAUCCUGGACAAGCAGGAAGCACGCGUGGAGGCAGCCAAUGCCCUGCUGUUCCUGCAGGGCCAGGGCAGGUCUGUGGCGGGGGAGCGGGGCCAGGAAGAGCAUCCUGAGGAGCGGGAGCAGGAGGCCGCUGUGGUGGAAAGUGCGUCCCCUUCCCCCAGCACAGAUGAGGAUGACGACGACGACGAUGAUGAUGAUGGAUCUAUGAGUGAAAGCAAGAGAGGAAAGUUCGCUCAGGCGUCUGAUGUUAACUUUGAGGACGUCCUGAAAGCCUUGAAGAAGGAGAACCAGACCCUCCGGGAGUCUGUGGACAAAAUGUCCCUCUCUGAGAACUCCUUGAGGAACGAUGCAGAGAAGGUAAAGUUCUACACUGGCUUACCAAACUACUUUGUCCUGGAGACGGUCAUGUGGCUGCUGGCGCCGCACAUGGACGGGAUGAAAACUGUGAAGCUCUCCAAGUUCCAGCAGCUGCUGCUGACGCUGAUGCGUCUCCGUCUGGACCUCCGCAACCAGGACCUGGCCUACCGCUUUGGAGUUAAAGUUGGCACGGUAACCAGAACAGUGCACCAGAUGGUCAACAUCAUGUCCUCCACUCUGGUGCCGACAGCUGUCUUCUGGCCUUCUAGAGCCGAGCUGCGGAAAAACCUGCCGGCAGCUCUGCGCACCUCCCACCCCGACUGCGCUGUCAUCAUAGACUGUUUCAUGGUGCCUUUUGAGGGGCCGGUCUCCCGGGGCAACCAGCAGCAGCAGCAGAGGGCAGUGCCAAGCUCUCAGGGGGUGGGGACAAGUCAUAAUGUAUUAAAGUAUCUGAUCGGUGUGGCCCCGCAAGGUGUUGUCACCUUCGUCUCCAGGGGCGUGCUGGGAAAUGUCAGUGACAAAAGCCUGGCUGAGGGCUGCGGCUUUCUGUGCAAGCUCCUCCCAGGCGAUGUCGUAUUGGCGAGUCGUGACCUCGACAUCGCAGAUUCUGUGGCCGCCAGAGGAGCUCUGUUCAAAAUCGCUGGCAGCUACCAAGCAGAGGCGCAGGGGAGCUCAGAGUGCUCGCCGCCGGCUGAUGCUUCCUCUGAGACAGUGAGCGUGCAGAGACAUGUGGAGAGGGUGAUCUCCAUGGUGAAGCAGAGGUACGCCAUGCUCACAGGCCCAGUCGAGAGCCCCUUCACCACGGUCUCUGAGCGCACGUCGAACCUCUCAACCUUUGAUAAGAUUGUGCAAGUCGCCUGUGCCUUAAACAAUCUGUGCAUCUCUGCUGCUCCACUAGAGUGAUUCGUACACUUAGUGCUCCUUAAUGCUGGUCACUUACGUUCCCUUUACUGCUUCGGACCUUACUCCACGUUCCCCACUGCAUCCCAGUGUCAACACUACAUGUUCACUAUAGACAACUGAUUUCUAACUAUACACCUUAGUUUACACUUUCAGUGGAUGUGACUCCCUGUUAUCCAAAAACCACAUUGCUAGGAUGUCAUGUCAUUAAAGGGAUAGUUCAGAUCUUUUGAAGUGGGGUUGUAUGAGGUACUUAACCACAGUCAGUGUGUUACAUAACAUUGAUAUCAGCCGGCACACCCCCUGUUUGGAGAAGCAGGCUGGAGUUGGAAGCUAAGCAAUGUUCUGCUGUGGAAGUAUUUUAGUCACCUCAAAAAAUCGUUGCUGGUCCAACGCUGCCUCGAUCGGUGACUUUGGCGUUUUAAGUGGUUAGUUUGGAUUCACCAAAGACACAAAAUAACACAAACUAACAAAGUUACUGUUUUGCCAGCGGAGUCAACCCAGUCUCACUCUGAAGUCGUUGAAAUCUGGCGCUCAGGCAGUGUCUUGCGGCGUCAGACACUGACGAAAAAAGCUGGUUGCUGUUAAAGUUUAACAGCGCUUGGUGGCAUCAGGGGGAAAUGCAGCGUGACAAGAACAAAUGUUAAGGCGGCGAAAGUCCAAAGAUUGAGUGUUUCUCACAGGAUUUUGCUUUUGACUGGAUGUAAAAGUCUCUGAAAGAGAUUACACACCAUCCUGGGGACAUAAAAACUCUCCAAUGACACAGUUAUCUUCGGGGUAACAGUAGCAGGAUGAAAACUAUGCUAGUAGCUCUGUGGGGCUGUUGGAAGAAAAAAACAUCAAUUCACACUGUUGUACCAACACAGUGCUUUUAUUUUGAAAGAGACUGCAUGUAACCAGCAAAUUUCUAUGAAGUGUAUUUUGAAAGAAGACAAUGCAUUCAACAAGUAGAACUUGACACGGCGUCCCAGAACGUCAACAACCAACACACCCAGGGUACCUUACACGUCUUAUGUGGACUUUGAAAAUCCAUGACCAAACGUCGAUAUGUGACAAGAUCGGAGUGAGAAUGCGUUGGUGGAGUCUGGUGGCUUUGACAAGAGUAUAGCUGUGGAACUUAGGCCGUGAUGGCGAGUUAAAGCAGUGAAAAUAUUCUAAAUGUAGUGUAGACUCAGCAGUACGUGUCAGCUUCUGUGGACUACUCCUGCCUGCUUUUCCAAGCUUGGUGGCGUGCCAACAGAAUCUACUUCAUGUAAUACACCAACUAUGGAUAAGUGCUUCAUACAGCCCCACUUCAAAAGAUCUGUACUAUCCCUUUAACUUAUGCAACUCAACUGACAGAGAAUGGCAAGCUUGCAAAAGGUGUUACGUUUUCAUUUAGGCUUUGAAUGACAGCUGUGUGAGUAAAAAGUACCUUUAAAUGUAUCCUCAAUAGCCAUUUGUAAAUAUGAGGUAUGUAAAGUUAUGUCUGGGUGGUGCAGGCAAUGUUCCGUCGUAUCCAAUCCUGUGCAAUGCAACAGUCUGUGUCAUCCCUGACAAAUACUACAGCAGCUGAAUUUACUGAUUGAUCCCUCGCUGUGUUGCAGAAAGUUGGUCAAACAAGCUGCUUUGUUGCCUCCCUGCUUAUAAAACAGGCUGAACUAACGAGCAGCAUGGACAGUAAUGCAGCCCGCUCCCUGUGCAGCGAUAGAAACAUGUCAUAGCUAAUGAGCUUUGAGGGCUUACUUUUUUUACUUUUUCUUUUUGCCUGCCAGCCAGAUUUUACAACAAUAGAAUACAAUCACUACGGGAUGAUUAGCUACCUGUUAGCGCAGACAAACAAACCACCCAUGGACCAGUUCACCACCAUAUGGCCGGAGUCUGGUGUUAAUUUAUCUGCUGCAGAAACAGCUCAUUGUCGGGGGUUUCCAACAAUAGCUUCCAGGUUGGCUGCGCAUCAUGGGAGACCAGAAGGCUCUGCUGGUACUGAUAACUGUUUCUCACAGUAUAAACUGCUGGGUGGUAAAAUAACUGACCAAGAAGAUGAACAGUUUUUACCACAGGUCAGGAUUGAGUACAGUACAACACUCAUGGAUUGGCACACCAGGUUGAUGCUCGUCCAUUCAGUGACUGUGUUACUAACAAUGAUGUCAGUAUUCACCACACAAGUGUUUCAAUAUGUUCUGCCAGUAUAAUUUAAGGCUACUUAUUUAAUACAGAGCUUGAGAUUUCUAUAAAAACAUUCUUUAUGCUGAUGAGGAAGAAAGAUUACAGCUGGUAAUUUUCUAUGAGUAUAUAUUAGUUUAACAUCGCCUAAAAUGAACCACCAUAUGUGCACCAUAUGCACAGGAUUCAGCAUAUUAUAAAGCAAUCACUCACACAGCCUGCAACUAAGUGUGAGGGUACGUAUGAUACAUUAGGACAGAAGAUGCCAAAUCAAUAAUAAAUAAAUAAAUGGCUCAAUGAAUACAUGAAUAUACCAUUACAUGUACCAAAAAUAAUAUUAUAAAUUAAUGUAGAUAUAAGAUAAUUUAUUCAGUGUGACUUUUUUUAUUAUUGUAUUGAUUCCCUGAGGUAUUUACUUUCCUAUUUAAUUUUCCUGUUUAUUUAUUUAGAUAUUGAUAUACAAUUUUAAAUGCAUUUAUUUAUUUAUGGAUUAUUUUUCCUUUUGGAUAUCCACUUUUUAUUUCCCCCAAAUUAUUUAUUUUUAUACAUUUAUACAUUUGAGGACUGCUGCCUUGUUUUGCAACAGUGGGGAACAGUUUUGGGAAAAUAAAUAGGGGUGGAUGCAAAGAAAAAAUAAUAAAUAAACAAAUUGAAAAAUUUAAAAAUAAAUGCAAAAAAUAAAUUAUUCAAAAAAUAAUAAUAAAUAUGUAAUGGAAAAUUAGAUAGGAAAGUAAAUGUGUAUGGGGAAAUGAAAACAAAUGUAAUUAGAUAAAGAGGCAAAUUAAAACAGAAAUGUCUAUUUAUGUCACAUAUUAUUAAUUUAUAUCUAAAUUUAUUUUUCAAAAUUCUUAGUGCAUUUAAAGGCAUAUUUACUUUUUGAAUUCAUAAAGUAAUUUAUAUAUUUAUUAUUGAUUUGGCAACUUCCAUCCUUUGUACUAGGUAGGGAGGCCGGAUUAAAUGGGAUGGUUUUGGGGGUUUAAUUGUGCAUUUAAUUGCGUGUUGACAUCAUAGAAUCAGUGGCAAUAAUGUGACUCGAGCUUGAGAAAGAUAUAAAAGAUUUUUUUUCACAGACACUGAAGUGUUAACGAGGUUUAAUUAACACUUUGUUCAGCUGCGCAUGUGUCUUGGAGAAUGUACAUUUAAUUUGUGACGCUUUAAUUCUCAUCUGCUUUGUUCUUUGUGUUCUGUUGUAACUGACUGUUAAAGUUUGGACCAUGAGCACACACCACAGAGGUGUUUCAGUCAGCUACAGUACGACGGUAGAGGCUGUUAUCCAGAUAUGAAAAUGCUUUUUAAACGUCGUUAAUCAUUUGUCUAAUCAAGCUCAUACUUAAGCUCGCAUGUUGUCACAGAAACAUUAAUCACUUGCGUAAAAUACGACCCUGCUUAUUGAAAAGCAUCUUGUUGUCCUGCAUUGCUGGUGCCUUAGUUUGUAAAGCUGGUACUGCUGAUACAAAUUAGCUGUGUUUUCUACAAAUAUUUAUUUUUGCAUCGUACGAUAUGCUUUAGAUCCUUCUCCUGUUACUAAGCUAAAUGUGCAUCAACUGUCCCUUAUUAAUAAUCACUAUGUGUGUACAGUUAGCGUUACCAUUUAUGUUUAUGUUUCCUGCUCGUCACUCUUUUACCAUUUAAAGUGUACAAACUCAAAAUGAUGUCAAGUCAUUGGGAAGCUUCUUCCAGUCCUACAGCAGUGUGUGGUUCAGAUAGGCACGCUAUGGUAGCCCAAAGUGGAAUGUGCCUUCUCGGAUGUUCCCUCCCAUGGACGGCUCUGUGUCUCCUGACCAGUCGUGUUUUACAUAUGCUUGUAAUGUUUGCUGUUUGUGGCUCCUGAAGAACAUCAGACUGACUGUAUGUUUACUCUGUGGUUUAUUUUUGUUGUUUAUGUUGGUGAGUGGUGUUUUCUUUUUCUAUCUAGCCUUGUUGGUCACCACUGUUAAUGUUAACUACCCACUCUGUCUGCUGGUGGAUCCAGACCAACCAGAAACACAAAGUUAGUAAGUCCCUCCAGGAGUUUGGGGACUUUCUUGGGGGAAAUAGUUGCAAACUAAAAUGCCUGUUUUCAUGGCAGCUUUUCUAAAAAAAAAAAAGGGGAAAAUGCUGUUCCAUCACAACGUUGCUCACGGUGCACAACAGUUUACCCUGCUUUCAUUCAGAACAUCAGGGAAUUGACCCUUCGCUAAGCCCCGCCCUUUUGUGAUGGUCCGACAAGCUGUCGCAGUAAGCAUGGAGCCCACACUGUAACUAACUGCACUCCCUGAGGAUAUAUUACCAUAUUUUUGUAAAAAUGAAAGAGUGAUUCCAGAGAGAAGCAGACAGAGGGGUCUACAGU